GCUGGCGGGAAAUUUCGUCCAACUAUUACGCGCAAUUUUUCGCUUUAACUGUUUGGUGUGCUUAUGGAAGACAAUAAGAUGGCUUAUGCGAAGAAUAACGAUUUCACUACACCGAAGCGACAAAGAAGUAAAUUGAAGUCUGUAUCUCCUUUGAGUCCACCUACUAAAGACAUGUAUCCGUGGAAUUGGAGCGAAUUUGCCGGUAAUAUAGAGUUUUCUUCGGAAAAUUCCGAGAGUCCCCAGCACACUAUGAAGUCUGAUAUUAAUCGAAGGGGUCGACCUAGAUUAGACAGUAUUACACAUCUUAUAUUAGAAGGUACAACGUCUCCUAGUUCUAUAAAAUGUAAUGUUUGUAAUCGUGUAUUUCCAAGGGACAAGUCUUUAAGGGCACAUCUUCGAACACACACAGGUGAAAGACCAUACGUUUGCGAUUUUCCAAAAUGUGGAAAGAAAUUUACACAAAGUGGACAGCUUAAAACUCAUCAAAGAUUGCAUACAGGAGAGAAGCCUUUCAGAUGUGCUGCUGAAGGAUGUACAAAUAGAUUCACUCAUGCAAACAGACACUGUCCACAGCAUCCGAUGAUAGCAUUACUAAGAGAUGAUUGUUCUGCACUUCAAGGAUCAUUUAUAAAGAAUGCAAAUGAUGAAGUCAUCUGUUGGUUAGAAAAAUACAAAAAGCAACGUACAGAAAAAUCAAUACCUCGUCCAAAAGAACGUAAAUUAAAACAGGAACUUGAAGAACAAGCGAGGGUAGAUGGAAUAUCCAAUCAGAACUUAUCUCAGUUGAAAAUGCAUAUGAAUGAAGAACCAGAAAAAUUAAUGGGAGCCUUGGCACUAAUACAGCUAGCAGUCACUCCAGUAAUAAAUGGUGUUCUAGACUUAUCGUCGUCAUCACCUUAGCACAGAUGCACAGAUUCAUUGUUAAAAAUCACAAAAAAAUUCUGCAUUGUAAAUAACAUAAAUUUGUAUAUUUGCUAGAUAUAAUAAUUUUUAUAUGAAAUGACAUU